AUGGCUGCCUCUAGCGCCCUUCCGAUUUCGAGGUUCGUCGUCAAGAAGGUUCCGGCUAUCGAAACCGCCGAAGGAGAUGGCGCCCGAGUCCGCCGCUCUAUCGAGCACGCAGGCUUCCCGGAUCACCCUCACCGUGGAAUGACGACGGUCACUUACCUGCUCGAGGGCCAGGUACAGCAUGAAGAUUUUGCGGGACAUGCUGGCACGAUUGGUCCGGGCGACGUUCAGUGGAUGAACGCGGGCAAGGGCAUCAUGCACGCCGAGAUGCCGAUCCACCGCGAUGCGCAGGGCAACAAGCUGGUGGACCCGAACGGCCUGCAGCUGUGGUUGGACCUGCCUGCGGUCGCCAAAAAGGAGCCUCCGGCGUACCAGGAAUACAAAGCGGAUAUGCUGCCGACGGCCAAGCCGCGUGCGUCUGAGCCCGUCGAGACCGAGGGCCAUGGCUGGACGGUCAAAGUCGUUGCCGGCGAGUCGCACGGUGCCAAGUCGCCGAUUGAGCUGCCGCAGAAUGGCGGCGUGGUGUACGUCGACGUGCGCCUCGAGGGCAAGGGCCGCAUCUUUCAAGAGAUCCCCCGCGGCUUCAACGCGUUCAUGUACACGCUCAAGGGCAAGGUCCGGGUCGGGGACGACGCGCAAGGCGCUGUCUACGACCGCUAUCACACGAUGGUGCUUAGCAACGAGCCCGAGAGCGGUGCCAACGGCGUCUGGAUCGAAAACGCAAGCGACGACGUCUCGGACGAGGCGCGCUUCAUUCUGGUGGCGGGCGAGCCGCUGUCGCAGGGCGUGGUGCAGUACGGCCCCUUCGUCAUGACGAACCGCGCCGAGAUCCAGCAGACGCUGAUGGACUUCCAGUACGGCGCCAACGGCUUCGAGAGGGCGCCCGGCUGGAAGAGCAAGAUUGGCGGCAGGUAG